UCGCCGCCUCAGCUACGAACCUCCAAUGAACAUCACAGUUCCCUUGAUGACGAACUGCUCUCAAAACCCUCAAUAUCCAGAGUGUUGCAUUGAAACGAGCUCCUUCAGCUUACAGUAGAGUCGAGCAGAGUCUGUACUUUUCAGCUACAACUGCCCUCGAUCUCCUGCCUUUUAUUUCAUCCCGACCAUCCGUCAUUGACGUUCGCCCUUUUCACUAAACGCCUCCAUCACCACGCACGUGCUUUCGACAUGUUCGGUUAGAUUUCGCAGCGUACCCAAAUACCACUCUCCUACGCAGUCACUGGUCAUUGAAGGCCAAGUUCCAUGACCCAGUGUACGACAACAUGCAUAGAGUAGGAAGGUGGCUCGAUCGUGGCUGGUCUACUGCCAAUGCCUCGACUAGGAGCCUGGGCUCUUUGGAAGAAUCCCAGAAUCUGGAGACAGCUCUCCGAGCUGUAGAAUUGAUCUUGAAUGAUGAUAUCGCGGGUGCAGAAAGAGGUCUUGCAGAUGGCAACUCCUCAUUUCACAAGCUUGCACAAGGCACACUCGCUUUCAUGAAGGCCGCCUUGGGGUUUGAGCAAGAGGUCAUGAAGGAGGCGUCCGAUACCCUUGCCGACGCCGAAUCCAGUGCUUCGUCAAGCUAUAACAAGGCCCAGCAUGAUACUCGAGUAUUCAAUUCGAACAUCUACGACAAAGGGUCAGAAUUUGCAUUAUGUCAGGCAGAAGCACAAAUCAUGUCUGCUGUUGUGGCUGUGCUCAACGAGAGUCUUACAGAGUCCAUACGGGGAUUCUACAAGCUCAGAAAGGCGUACAUGACGCUCGAAGGCCUUGUGCAGAUGGAAAUGGCCUAUAUCAAAGCACGCGGCGUGAGGAGUUUAGCUGAAUCGAGGGCUCAGUCCACCGAGAGUCUGCAUUCGGCCACUUCUGCAAAGUCGAGUCUCUCCGGCCUGGGUCAGACAGAGGCGACCUCGAACACGAAACCCCGAGAUCCGAUUAACCCCGGACAACCAGCUCAGCCUUCAGGUCUACGACACACCGAGGUUGCCAAUUCUGCGGAUGAUGACUCCGACGAUGACGAGUUUCACGAAGUGGACGACAUUCAUGAGCAUAACCGCGUGACAGAAGGCUAUACUGGUCAUCUGGAGGUGGUCGAAGAGUCUGAGGAUAUGACCGAGCUCGACCACCGCAUCGAGCGCCUGAACCUCAGUCACCAUACCGAUGAAUUGCACGCAGAGGGAUUGAUGAGACCUCCACCACCAACAACACUCGGUAUGCUUACCGCAGAUGCCGACUCUGACAUCUUCUCCAAUUCUCUCGAUGUCUUCAUCCAUUCCGGCACGAACCUCAUGUCUGGUAUUUUAUCGCUUCUGAUAUCAAUCAUUCCUCCAGCGUUCAGCAAGCUUUUGUACAUUAUUGGCUUCCGAGGCGAUCGAGAGCGGGGCAUUCGUAUGCUCUGGCAAGCAAGCAAAUUUGCCAAUAUCAACGGGGGCAUGGCCAGCUUGGUUCUCUUUGGUUGGUACAACGGAAUCGUGGGCUUCUGCGAUAUCAUCUCGGACUCAGAUCCCUCUGAUCCAGAUGAUGUAGAGGGCUAUCCUGGGGCGAGGUUGGGGGCUCUGCUUGCUGAUAUGCGCCAGAGGUAUCCGCAGAGUCAUUUAUGGCUUGUGGAAGAAGCAAGAAUGGCAGCCUCCCACAGAAAGCUGGAGAGGGCGCUGGACAUCCUGUCGCAGCCAGGGAAGAGCCAACUCAAGCAGAUCGAGGCUCUCCACAUGUUCGAAAAGAGUCUCUGCGCAAUGAAUGCACACAGGUACCAACUAUGCGCGUCAUCCUUUCUUGCUUGUGUCGACCUCAACGCGUGGUCACGGGGCUUGUACUAUUACAUCGCGGGUGCUGCACAUCUAAGCCUGUAUCGGUAUGACAAGUCUUUGACGAAAGAAGAGGCGCAAAAGCAUGCCAAAAUAGCCGAGGAAUAUUUCAAGACCGCACCCACAAAGGUUGGCAAGAAGAAGAUGAUGGGCCGACAACUCCCGUUCGAUGUGUUUGUUGUCCGCAAGAUGGCCAAAUGGGAGGAACGUGCGACCAGGUUCAACUGCAGCUUCAUUGAUGCUGUUGGUGUUAGUCCUCUAGAAGAAAUGAUUUUCCUGUGGGGUGGAUACAAGAAGAUGGACGAAGCCAAACUGCAACGAUCGCUCAAUAACCUCGUCUGGUCGGAGACUUUACCACGGUGGGAAAGAGAGGAUAUAGACGAACAAGCCAUCCUUGCAGUACUGAAAGCUGUUAUUCUGCGAAAUCUCCGCCGACACGACGAGUCCAAAGAAGUCUUGCAGCUGCACGUCUUACUCCGCAAUCCCCUUGAGUUCAAAGGUCAAAACAAGGACGACUGGGUUGCUCCUACGGCGCAUCAUGAGAUGGCUGUAAAUCUUUGGAUGCAGAGAACUGGCUACAGGGCGUCUCAUGGAAGUGAGCCCACCACUGGCGGGGGUGAGAAGACACCUUCCGUUGAUCUGGUCCAAGACGCCAAAUUGGUCCAAGAAUGCAAAUCACAUCUGGAGAGAGCAAAAGGUUGGGAGAAAUACGAACUUGACGCAAGGUUGGGCAUGAAAAUAACAGCUGCUCUCAACGCAGUCAAGAAUUGGGAACAAAAGCAUGGGAACAACGCGAAAUGAUCGACACCUACUUUCUUCGUCACAGGCACAGCACAUAGUGAGCAUUCCUAUUUUUGCAGGGACGUAUCAACCCUGGUAUUUCUGGCAUCCCGGUUAUGGCUCAUCAGAAAAGUUACAAAAUUCCUUCACACUGCAGACGGCUGCGAAGCUGUCGAGAGAACCGCCCAAGGACAUCUGGGAGCAUGAUCCGAAGCCAUUACUUUCGCUCCAGUUUGAGUGCUAGAAAAUGGGUACCCUCCAGUGGUGUCUCAUAGUAUGCAGGGAUAUCCACAAACCCGAACAAUCGAUACAUUUUGAGCGCAGUCACCAUAGUCGGCAGGGUAUCCAGCCUCAUCUCAGCGUACCCAAGUUGUGUUGCAACGGCAAUGAUCUCGGAAGCCAAUGCUUUUCCAACACCUGUCCCUCGUCCUGACGGCGUGACAUACAGCCGCUUCAUCUCGCAAAUCUGAGUGUCGGCGUCUGGGGAAGGGAGAGGACGCAGUCCGACACAGCCAAUGGCCAGUCCAUCCGAGUUCCGAGCGAGCAACAAUUCUCCAUUGGGCGGGGAAUACUUUCCUGGCAUAUUGGCCAUUUCUGUAUCGAAAUUCUGAAACGCCAAGUCGAAGCCGAGAGAUUCUGCAUAGGCGUAGAAUAGAGAUAUCGUGUCUUUUAGAUCGGCAGGGUCACGCACGGGGACGAUGGUAAAUGCCGGUCGGGCCAUGAGCGGAGACUUUUUGGAUGGAUAUGAAAAUUUUGAUAGACUGCUCGAUAGACCUGUUUCUGGACUUCCUCAAGAGUAAGGGACGCCGACACCGGGUCGGGACUGAGAGAUUCCUUUUUCUAUGCAGGCGUUCAGCGAUGAUCCCCCCCUGUCUUUUCACU